AUGGCACAAAUUAAAGAAGAGGUUGACCAGGCCAUUGAUGAUUUUGAUGACGUAAUAAACUUACGCGAACAAAUAGUGGAGUCACUCAUUGAAUUAGGAGAACUAAGAGAAACAGAUGAAAGUGAUAAGCUGUCAGUGUGUAAAAUACUUUACGAAAAAGCUAUUGAUCAAAUGGAGAGGUAUCACUUGUUAAUCUGCUUCAAUGCAUAUCUUCGAGAACAAAUGCAUGUAAGAUUUAGUGAAAAUUUCUCAAACUGGAUGAAACAACAGCCUCGUCUUUAUCAGAUUAUGGACUUUUUAGAUGUAUCAGAAUGGUACACAUCAGUGGAUAUGCUAAAGCUUGGACAUCGUGUAUUGGUCACCGAUAGUUCACUUCAUGUAGAUGAAUUAAGUACGCGGCGAAUAACUGGUCUGGAUAAUUUUCGUCAACUAGCUGGUCUACCAAUUUAUGGAUCCAGUCAACCGGAUACAAAUGGUAUUACUAACAUGCACAAUGUACUUACAAAAGCUUAUUGGGAUGUAUCACUGAAAAAUGUGAGACCACAGUGUGAAAUUAUACCUAAAAAAGGCUCUGAAAAAUCUUUGAAUAACAAAGAUACAUAUGCAGUUAUUAUGCCACAAAUGAUAUGGAUAUGUUUACGCGAUGAAUAUGUCAUCAAGUAUGCUGGUGAAACAUGUAGUUGGAGAGCGAAGCGCAAACCGGAAGAUCCCAUUUUACUGAGAGGUGUUAGUGGAAUGGAACUUGAGGAAAUGGAAGAAAAGUUCUCGCGGUCAGUUGGGAAGAUGAAGCCUCCGUGCAAAUUAUAUCAAGUAAAUGAAAAUGGUAAUUUAUCAACAGUCAGUAUAAACUCUUCUGCUGAAAAACCGGAAGUAUUAAGCUUAAAACAAGUGUUUAAACAAGCAUUUGAUCCAAUUAAUGCGGCUAACACACAUAAUAAUAAUAGUACUUUGGAUGCAGCUUCAACCCAUAGUUCCCUAUUUGAUAAAAUACCUGACUCAUAUGCAGUCUAUUUAAAUGAGCAUGCUGAAUAUCAUCGUAUUCCACUGCCACAGUAUAAUCAACCUCCUCCACCGAUUUUUGAUCACAUACUUCGUUUGAUGCUCAGUAAUGCUCGUGGUCUUUUGGCGAGUGCUAAUGCAUCACUUUCAUUGAAACACGCCUGCAGUGGACAAACGUAUGCUACCAGGUCAGCAAGGAGAUCAGUUUUCAAUCCCACUAUGAAAGAAGAUUUACACUUACCAAGUCCAUCCAAUACAUUGCUAAAUAAAGUAGCUGUAACGAAUUUAUUAUUCUUCUGUGAAAGUGGCCGGGAACGAACAAGUCUAGCCAUGUCAAUAGCAGGCCUUGUUUAUUGUCAUCUGUUUGGAUUUAUGUUUGGAUAUCGAGUUGAAGAGGAGGAGCGUAUUUCAUUACGUGACGCAAAGUAUACUAAAGGCGAAUUUGUUAUUAUUGGACGGUUAAUCCGUAUGUUACCUAGAGGACAUCAACUGAAACGAGAAGUGGACUACGUCUUGGACAGAUGCUAUGAAUCAAUGUCCAUGAUGCAUUUUCAUACGAGAGAAGAAAUUUACUUUACUUACGUUAAAGCAAGAGAUGAAACUGACCAAGAAAAGAAGUUGAAACUUCGUAAAAGAAGCCUCGCUUACUUGGAGAAAUACUUUUUCUUAUACUUUUUAAUGCCUAUCUCCAUGAUCAACAACCCCAGAGAUGGAAACUAUCGUUUGAAGUGUGGAUACAACAGGUUACACAUCAAAAUUUGA